AGGUUUUAUCUAUAUGCAACAGGGUAGGGCUUCCCAGCUGUGGCAUGUGCCCUGCCAGUGGUAUGCAGAGGACUUCAGGAUGGCAUGAAGGUAUUUAAUGACUAUCUGGCCUCUCCUUGCCCUCAGAAAAGUGGCCCGAGAUGGAGACAGGAACUCCUGAGCAGGUGCCUCUGCCAUCUCUGCACUCUGGAGGGAAGCAGAGCUCCUGUCCUCUGCCUUGCACCUUUGCUCCAGAAGUUCAUGGUUUCCUUCAGGGCUGGCCUGCAGUGUUUGUGCCCAAUGUAAAUGUCAGGGGUCCAGCUGAACUGCUGAGCACCUAUGUGAAAUCCUGAUGAAGCAAGGAGGCUUUAAAAAAUUUUCCUUCUAACUGCAUUUUCUUAUAUUUUAAAUAAGCAUAUGUUAGCCUGGAGACUUCUGUCUUCUGUAGAAAGCUGUUAGCAACACUGUAUAUCUCACUCAUUCCAGCACAUUUUACUUCCCACAAAUGUUGACAACCCUGUGCGAAGCAAUGAGGAUCUGUGCUUCUGACCAUCAUGUGUCAAGAGAGGAAAGCCAAGAAAUCAGGGAUGAGGAAUGGAUGGGAGACACUAUUUAGCUCAUUUGUUUCAUCUGCCGAAGACAAACGGAGCUGCAAAACUGGCAGCAGAAGAGAGAGAGAUGAGUCCCAUUCCUCUCCAGUCAGUCUAGUGAAUAAUUAACGCACUUUUACUCAGUGUGGCAGCAUACUUUUAACAAUACGUGCUACUAGUGCAGCUAUUAAGUACCAUCAUGUUAAAGACGCAUAAUGAGCUGCAGGAAGCCGAGAACACGGUUAAACAUUCACGGCGUGCUUUGGAGCGGCAGUGGUUGCGCACUGUGCGGCCGUGGGAAGCUGCCGGGAGCCGCUGCGUCCCGCUCACCACGGAGGGGGCACCGGCCUGCUCCGGGAAAGGAAAUCACCGAGACAACGGCGCCAAGGAAGGAAUGUGACACCCAGGAGAAGCUGCAGCUGGAGGUCCGCAUGCGGGAAGGCACCUGCAGGCUGCUGGCCGUGAGCACGCAGAGGGAGCAGCAGCUGCGCGCCGCCAAGGCGCUGCUGCUCUGCAACGCGCGCAUCCGCGCCUACAGCGCCCAGCUGCGGCACGGCCAGCCCGGCCCGGCGCUGUCUUCAGGAAGUGGGACAAAAGACCGGAUUGCAUGCAGAGCAAAGGUUGCUAUAUCAGACAUUCGAAUACCAUUAAUGUGGAAAGGCUCUGACCACUUCAGCAAAAAAGAAAAAUCCCAGCGCUAUGCAGUGUUCUGUUUGUUCAGAAUGGGAGCUGAGGUUUUUGAUACUGAGGUGACCAUUGUGGAUGAAGCAGUGACAGAUAUCUGUUUUGAAAAUGUGACCAUUUUCGAUGAAGCAAGCCCAGAUUUCCAGGUGAAGGUUGAAGUGUAUAGCUGCUGUACAGAGGAGUCUUUAUGUCUAACAAACACUCCUAAGAAACUGGCAAGGAAACUUAAAACGUCCCUCAGCAAAGCCACGGGGAAGAAACUGAAAGCUGCGCUGGAGGAGGACAGCCCUGAACCCCUUUUGCCUCCUGACCCAGUCAUUCAUGGAGCGAAGUACAGUUUGCUAGCAUACACCACUUUGGGGCUGGAAAGUGCUGAGGACAAUUUCAGGACCCAUAACCUAACCAUUACAGGAAAUGAGGAAUCCUCUUUUUGGCUCCCUCUGUAUGGAAACAUGUGCUGCCGUUUAGUUGUGCAGCCCUCCUGCAUGGCCAGGGAUGUGAUGGCAGGAUUUCUGAAUCAGCAGCAAAUGGUAGGAGCAGUAACGAGCUGGAGGAGGCUGUACUGUGUACUGAGAGGUGGAAAACUCCUCUGUUAUUACUCACCAGAAGAAAUUGAGGCUAAAGUGGAGCCAGCAUUGACAGUUUCCAUCAACAAGGAAACCAGGAUUCGAGCUGUGGAUAAGGACUCCAAGAGAGGAGCUAAUAACUUCUGUGUUAUCAACCCCGUGUCUGGCGAGGGUGUGACGCAGCGCUUUGCCACUGACAGUAGGGAUGAACUUCAGCAGUGGAUGGAGGCUUUCUGGCAGCACUUUUAUGAUCUGAGCCAGUGGAAACACUGUUGUGAGGAACUUAUGAAAAUUGAGAUUAUGUCACCACGGAAACCACCUUUGUUCUUGACAAAGGAAGCGACCUCCGUCUACCAUGAUAUGAGCAUUGAUUCUCCAGUGAAACAUGAGGGCUUAGUUGAUAUCAUACAAAGGAAAAUUGAAGAGAGUGAUGGUGAGUUCCUUCUUGGCCAGCAAAAAGAGUCUGCCUCUGCUCUAUGGGCAUCACUCUUUGAUGGAUCUCACGAGAUGACUGUUCAGAAAAACACACAUCUGGACUCAGAUACUGCAAGUCCUAAUGGCAGCAGAGGAAAGAAAAGAAGAGCUCCACCUCCGCCCUCUGAUAAGUCUCCAUACAGUGCAAGAGCACAGGUGAGCACAGAGCAACUGGACAAGGAAAACUGGAGGAGGCCUGACCACCCAUCUGCCGGGAGCUCUUCCUCUGAGGCACUGUUAGCUACGAAAAUGCAGCAGCUGCAAACCCCCAUUGCUACUCCUCGCAAAAUUGGUCCUUGUGGAAAAAGUGCUUUAGCUGGCCUGGGGAAUCCCAUUUCUCUGAUGAGCAGGACCAAGUCUGAAAGCAAACCUGUACCAACCCCGAGACAGAAAGGCAUCACAGAAAUACUAGACCCCAGGUCCUGGUUGCAUCCAUAAGCGUCAUAUUAGAGGAGUCUUUGGAAUUUAAAGUUUCUCAAUCUUCUCCUAACACUCUUCAUUGAAAGCAGAUUUUAGCAUAUAGCUCAAGUGUUUCCUGUAAGCCAGAGCAUUACUGCUAGCUGCAGUCUCAGCUGUAUUCAUUAGUGCUCAUCUAAAUAAUUGCAGUGGAAUGGGGGGGUCGUCUCUGUCUGGAGUAAUGGUGCUAUUUCUGAAAACAAUAGUUCAGUACUUUCCUCUUGAAAAACACAGUGUUCAGGGUAACCUCAGCUGUCCCCACAGCAGGGAUGUUACCAGUGCCUUCUGCCAGUCCCUCAGCUUAGCCCAUCCACAGCUCCUCAGCUACUUAACUGGGAAUUCACACAUAUCCAGCACAGAUCUUGCAAAGCUGAUUUUCUUGGGCUCCAUGCUUGCUUCAUCCUCUCUCUCCCUUGCUAUUUAGGAAACACUGCUAAUAUGGUAAUCAAGUAUGAAAAGCUUUUGUGCUCUUCAGAGUGCCUCUGUAACUCCAUAUGAAUUUCUGAGGUAGUUCUAUCCAUGUAGUGUGGGAUUUCCAAAGGUCCUGCUGGUUCCUGUGCUAUUGGAACGGACUGGGGUUAUCUGUCUUUGAGCAGGGAUGUGAUCCAUCACUGCUGUUUAUUUUGGGCCAAGACAACCAUUUAAAAGCAGUUGCUGGGUAUGUGCACGUGCUCAUCUUAGGGUUGUUUUUCCUGACAAACCUGGCUGUGUAACACAGCUCCUCCUUUGUGGAGCUGGUUUGUAAGCAGGCAGUGUUACUGGUAAGCAAACAGGGUUUUUUCACCACUUGUUCUUUCUGCAGUAGCAGACAAUAAGCACUUCAGGUGAGGAUACUGAACACUGAUAUUCUUUCAUCAGACUGUUCACCAGUUGUGUAAGAAGUAUGGGUUGUGAGGGUUCCUGUGGCACCUGUGAAACAUCUGCUGCAUCAGGAAAAGCUGUGUUCUCUUGGAUCCACAGCUUAAAUACAGAACCAUUUCCUUGGUUGAUGCAUUUGUCUCUGGUGCUGAGACUUACCCAAGGGCAAAGGUCUGCUUGCAGUUCUCUCUAGAGUCAUGAUGCUCAGACCUGUGUUGAGAGGGUCAUAUCAGCAAGUGCAUACAUACAGUUCAGUAUUUAUUAUUUUGUUCCAAGGUGUGGGUGACUCUGGGAGCUUUAGCAUUUCUCCACAAGAUACUGUGGGCAUGGUUGGUUGGUUGAUUUUAUCUAAUUUUUUGUCUUCAGCUAAGCUCUUGGCUGCACAGUUGUAAAGGUAUCUGCUGAAUUCCCUCAGUAGUUCAUUUGGGAUGGGGUUGAGAGGCAAGUUUCAUUUACAAAUCCUUUUGCAGGAUUAGAGCCUUUUGUUCUAGAAUGUCCUUGCUCAUUCUUCGUUUAAUCACAUUCCAUUUUCUCACUGAAGCAACCAUAAUCUUUCUUACAAUAAAUCAUGCUGUUACUUAAAUGGAUGGUUUGUGAAUGGCUUAUAAAUAGGAACAGAAAAACUGAAGAAAAACUAUGUAAAUCAGACAGUCGAGUAAGUGGACUAUACAAUUCUGAACAAGAAAUGGGAAAAUUUGGGGGGGGGGGCAUAUUUUCCAAAAUGCAGCUGCAGUUUAUUUAGCUUUAAAUGUAGCCUUAAAUGUUUCUGUGCUCAGAAAGAAAAAACACCUUUUUUUGGUAAUCCCCUUUCAUUUUGUAGUUAAAUUUACAAAAAAUCUCAUAAAUAUAUAAGGAAAGAAGGCAUCAUAAUGAGGAUUUAUUUUUAAAUUCGUCAGACCAUUGAAUUUCAACAAGCAGUUUCUCUAAUAAAUUCAGUGGCUUUGUUUUGAACUGAACAUACGUAUUUUAACAAGGCAUUUAAUAUUAAUUUGAAGUCUUCAAGUGAUGAGAAUUCACUCAUACCUCCUGUUGCAAUACUUAAUUACCCCAGGUACAUUUUUCACUUGAUUUUCUAUUUGCAUUUCUAGCUCCACCUUAAGUUAUUUUGGUCUUUUUAUGCAUUUGAUUGCUUAUAUUGAUCUCUGUAGUAUCAGCUUUUCUAAUUGCCUGUGUGUAGUUAUAAAUCAUGAUUACGUCCCUUUUAACCUUUUCUCUGAUGAGAUGUACUGAAUUCCUUAACUUUCCUAUGGCAGGGAAUGUUAUCCAAGACUAAUUAAUCUUCGCAUUCUUCUCUGUAUUUCUCAUGUAUAGAAAUAUUUGUAAGGGUGACAUCUGAAUUAGAUGCCACAUGUCAAUAGUGAUCCAUCAGGACUGUACAGAGCCAUAAUGUGAUCUUCUUACUCUGAUUAAUAUCUCCCUCUCUCUCUGUUUCCUCAAAAAUUGCAUUUUUUUUUUUUUUUUUUUUUUUUUGUGGAAGCAUUGCCUUGGAUGCUGAUUUUUAUGGGCCAAGUCCUCUUCAGAGUCUUUCUCAAGAAUGUGGUACAUCAUCCUCUUAUUAUCCUACCUUAUAUUUUCUUGGAAAUACAGAUUGUAUUUUACCAGCAUUAAAAUACUGCUCAUGAAGUGAUCCAGAUUGCUCUGUGUAAGUGACCUGUCCUCGUUCUUUACUGCUCCAGCAGUCUGCGUGUCCUUUGCAAAUUUAUUGCAAGUGAUUUUUACAGUUUAUUCCAGAUCAUUGAUUUUUAAAAUUGAAUGCAAGGCAAGGUUUGUAGAGAGAGGUGAUAAGUUUUUAUUACAUCAGUGACAUGGGUAGGGGGUGGGGAAAAGCAAACACAGGCCAUUGAAUUUCUGUCCCUUUUAUCCCAGAGCCUUUAAAACUUUGAGUAAGAUGGCGAACAGCUAUAUUUCUUGCUGAAUCCCUAUUAAUACUGUAUCUUGAAAUUAUAUUUUAAAGAAAAUUGCAUGUUCAUCUUGUUUUCAGAAAGUUACUCAGGAUUCUUGUGGGUAACACCUCAGUGUCUUUGCAAGCCAAGCUUAAUAUAUCAGAGUAAAAUGCAACCCGUUGUUCAAGACCUAUUCUCCAUGAAGCUAUGUUGAUAUUUUAUAUCUGUCCGUAAAUUAGACUCAUGUGAGCCAGUUCAUGAUAUUGCAAUGACCACCACUAGACAAAUAAGGCCAUUAAUUAUUCUGUUCAUCUGCUUCAGAAUUAUAUCAUCCCUAUUAUGAAGAAAGCAUUGACUUGAGGUUUUAGUAUUUAUUGUUACUUUGUCUUUUUUUUUCCCCCCUCCUUCUGUAUGGCCAUUAUUGCCUUUGCAUCUUCUGUGAAGCAAGUUGGUUUAACCAUUAAAACCUGCAGCUACCAGGAAACACAGAGCUCAGCUAUACAAUGGAGUCAGAGCCCCUCAAGGAGCUGCUGCUCCCAGGCAGACAGGAGAAUGCAGUGUUUCACCACCUCUGCGGCCGCGUUCGAUCCUGAGGAUGCUUUAACUGCGUGACUCAAAAUAUCAGUGAUCAAAAGCCAAAAGUUGUUUGUGAGCUCCCUGCUGGGAUGAGGCGGAGAACAGCAGGCAGCCUGUGGCCUCUCCCAGCCCUUGUGUCCAUUCCCUUGUGUUUACAUCUGUGUAGGCAGGUUGGAACGCUGUGGCCUGGCAGGGAAGUCCAUUGAGAAACCCUUCUCCAGGAUGAGUGGUCAGAGGAUCCCUGUGGCACAGGGACAAUGCUGGUGGCACUGCUGAACCUCGCGUGGGGUUAGAGCCUUUUCUGAGGGACCGCCGGGCCUGCUCUGGAAACUGAACCUGCUUGUUCACUCCAGCAGCAGUAAGUGAUCCCAGCAGAGAUCAGGUGCAGUCUUGAAGUGGGGCAGAAACACGAGUCAGCCUGAACUCUUUUUUUAGGAAGUACAACUUGAAAGUAAUUGCUAGUUCAAACUUUAAUAUAAAUUUCACAGAACAUGAACUUCUGAAAUAUUGACUGAACAAAGACUUAAUUUAUUAACUUCUUAUAUUUACCUAAUGUCUUCAGCUGUUUACUUGGUGUUGGAACGGUAGAUGGUACCUUCUGUGGCUUUAAAGCCAUUACCUUCAAAUGCUUACAUUUUUAGUAAUUGUGGGGUUUUUUCCUGUGAUAAUAAUACUAAUAGUUAUUUUGUGGUGGCUUGUAUGUAUUUGGAAAUACUGCUGUAGUAUUCAGAGUUGAUUUCUAAUAAUUAAUGCAAACUGCCUUAAUAGAAAAAUGGAGAUUUGGACACUAAUGUAUUGUGAAAUGUUAGAACUGAAAUCUUCUUAUUUUGCUGCUAGCAUAUUGUAUUUCUGUUAAAAUGUGCAAGUGAAAUUAAAAAUGUUUUUAGAAUAAAAGGGUUUUGGUGUCAUUUUCUUUAGUCUGGAGCUACGUUAAGCUUUACUCCAGUGUAUGAACCAUGUGUGAUGGCUGCUGUAAAAUGAGAGAGCUCAGGGGUAGCUACUUUUCCCUUGGGCCUGCCAUGAAUGUACCCUGCAGGCUCAUCCUGACAACAGCAAACAGUACCAGCCUCAGUUUCCUGACCUGGAGGAAGGCAGGAAAAGCCAUUUAAC